UACUGUAACAUUUUUCAGUAGACUCAAAGUCCGUUUAAGAAAAAAACGUGUUUAUUUAUUCUAUUUCGAGGAGAUGCUCUAAAGCUUGCGGAUAACCUCGGAAAUACAGUGCUCAACGUGACCAACCAUACCACCAUAACAUGAGACAUUGGUCAAACCCGAGCAGACCUUAGGUGUACACCCACGUGUCACCCAAACUUUGCAUCUCCACACGUGGCAUCUCAUGGCAAUGCCAAGAGCAGUAAAAACAACACGCGUCCUCUCACGCCGACAUCGAUCUCCAAACCCGCAAACACAUGUAUAUAUUCACCACCUCCACCAAGCUCCCACUUCAACACUUGAAGCUGCUCUGUCCGAAUCAACAAUGUCUGCCACAUACACAUACACAUAUUCCAAACGUUCAUCGAACAAAACAUUUUCAUGGGAAGUUCUGAACCUCAUAGCCAUGAAAUGCGAUGCAAAAACACUCGCCACAGCUUCGUGCGUGUCCAAAUUAUGGGCUUCCUCCAUGUCAUCAGACCAUCUCUGGAAAUCUGUCUGUACAACUCACUUUCCUUCCCUGUCAAACCUGCACCCUUCGAUAUCUUACCGGCGUAUUUACGCACUCGGGCUCGCCUCCGCCAAGCGCCGUCGUCAGCCGCCGCCCGAGCCUCGUCUCUCCAUCGAUGACCUCCUGUUCGCCGUCACCAUCCCUCCCGGAAAAUCACGCGACGGUUCUAUAACUAUUCUGAAACCGUUUAGUGAGCUGGAGAAUCAUCCGGAAGGGAGGUUCAGGUUCGAUGUGAGCUUAAACGACGUCGUUUCGGAGAAGCUGAUGGUGGAUGAGGAAGAUGAUGGGGAUAUGAAGAUAAGUAGUAGUAUCGUGAUGAGGGGGUAUGAGAGUGUGUUCAGGGUGUUGGAUAGGAAAGGGAAGACCAGCCGGAGGGAGUGGUGGUUCACGGAGGAGCUGCCGUCGGCUGGCUGUUGCUUCUGUAACGGAGCGAGUGGGUUAUUGGCGGAGAUAACGCUGGUUUUUGGAGAAACAGUAGUCGUAGUUACGGGAUCAGGGACUGAGAAGAAGGAACGGAAGAAGAAAGUGGUGGAGAAAGUGAGGAUAGGAGUGAUGAACGUGGUGAGUACGUGGAGGUACGCGACUGUGGAUGAUGCUCUCAGGUAUCUACAGCAUUUUCUGCUGCCUAAGCCUGCUGCUGUCUGAACAUGUGAAGGUCUUUAGGCAGGGGAAUGAGACGGGGAAUUUUGAAGUUCAUGUUCUGUUAUUUUUUUAAUCUUGAUAAGAUUAUGCUAAAGUUUUGGGUGUACUUUUGUGUGUGUUUGAUGUUUAGUUAUCACUAGUUAAUGUUGUAAAGCCGCGUUCGUUAAAUCGAGGACUCGUUUUUAACGACAUUACGUGUGAACGGCAAUGUAAGGUAAUGUAAAGGUAAGUGAUCUCGGCAGAAACGUUGAUACUGUA